GCCCCUUUUAAUUUAGUCUAUCUUCGCCUACAACAAUCAGACGAUGUCUCAGAAAAUAAAGGAGGUUAGGCUUGGCAGGAACAGCAAGACGCUGUUUGAAGAAAGCCUAGAGUUAGAAAAUUUCUCUCACGGAGUUGUAGGCAUUGUAGAAGCAGCCAGUUUAUUGCAAGCCAAGUAUGGCGUUCUCAUGAAACCAGACAAGGACGCGGAGGAUGGCUUCUUACUGCUACACCGAGGAGACGACUUAAAACAAGCAAAGGCAACCUUCGCAGAACUCCGACCGGUCCUCUCUCUGUUGCUGGACCUGGAUAACAUCGAAAUAACAGUUGACCUUCUUAAUGUCCUCCUCCGCAAACAGCAACAACACCCAAUAAAAACAAAGGAAGAUUUGAUAGCUAGGAUAAUGGAAGAGAUUGAUUCCUCCCCAAAAAAUCUCACAUUAUUGUAUCCAAUUCUCGAAGAAUUAAAAGCAAGUACAGCAAUAGAGCAACUGCAACUUGCAAUGAAUGGCAGCAGCAAAGAUGACGAUGAUGAUGACGAUGACCCAAGUUUCUUCAAAGAGAUAACAAGUGCUGCUGGGGAUUUAUUUGGCAAAUUUAUGUCUAAAUUGGAGCAAAUUGGAACUGGAAUUGACGAUGAUGAGCUGGGAGAUGAGAUAUGGAAGUCAUUUUUUGCACAGAUCCAGGAUGCUAUGGCCCCGUCACUUGAAGGAGCUGAAAAAAUUGUUGCCAAUGCGUUUAAAACCGACAGCAACGUUAGCAGUCACAGUUUCAUUGCAUGUGUUGAGAAAGGAUACGUAUCAACUGCCCUACAGCUGCUGUUAUUUGGUGAAGAUCCAAAUAAGUACGACGAUUCCAUUGGGACAGCUCUUCAUGUUGCUGUCAAGACAAAAAGCGAAUUGAUGGUUAAGCUUCUGUUAGCAUUCAAUGCCAAUCCAACCAUUGCAAAUAGCAAUAAUUUAACUCCAAUAGAUUUGGCAGAAAAAGAUUCUGAAAUUCAUCAAUAUUUAGUCGAGGCAGCUUCCAACCACAAAAUAACAAAAAUAUAUUUUGAGUCUCAUUCGGAGCUUCUCUCUGAGAAAAUACCAGGUACUUACCUCAUGAGCCUGGAUGGUGGUGGGAUUCGUGCCUUCAAUGGUUGUCAGUACCUGAUUGCUUUGGAGGAUCGCAUGAAGCAGCUCUCACGAAAUCAUUGCUCCUCAAUAUCAUCUUAUUUCGAUUAUAUUGCUGGUACGAGCAGUGGUGCUAUUGCUGGGCUAGUACUUCUAUACACAAACCAUAGUGUGAGGACUGGAAGGUGUUUGGUGUACGAUGUCAUAGAGCACGUCUUUGAUAAAGGGCUGAAAGAUCGUAAGAAGCACAUGAAUAGCUUUCUCAAGGGGAUAUUCAAGGAUACGAAAAUGGCAUCUCUGAAAAGGCCCCAGCAUGCUAUAGUCACUGCAGCCCUUGCAAACCAGCACCCUAUCAAGCUACACCUAAUGACUAGCUAUGAAAGACGAGUGAUGGAUGAAAUCGAUAAGAAGGAAGCUGGGCCGAAAGAUCUUGAAGUCUGGAAAGCUGCUCGGAUUACAUCAGCUGCCCCUAUCCAUUUUCCUGCUGUUGAUGACAAGUUCUUGGAUGGAGGUCUAAUGGCUAAUAAUCCAACUCUUGCUGCCAUGACUGAAGUCAUUGAACAAAGUGAGAAAAAGGUUGAGUUUGGUUGUGUGCUAUCCAUUGGAGCUGGAUAUUCUCGGAAGUCUAAGGAUGUGGAAGAUGUCAAUCUUUUUCUUCCUGGUGCCUCAUUAAAGAGUCUUGUUAAAUUACCCAAAGCAGCAAAGAGUCUGAUUAGUGUAUUUGAUCAUUUGAUUGAAGAGGUCACCCAAUCCAAUGGUCAUUGCGUCCAGAUUGCUAGAUCAUGGUGUCAAAACAGUGGCUGGAAUUACUACCGAUGGUCUCCGCCUCUUUACGGAGAAUCGGAAGAUGUUGAUCCAGAUUGUACUGAUCGUGCGAUAAUCAUUGACAUGAUGUAUCAUACGCAAAUGGACAUUCUCGCACACCCAAAGAAAGUUGAUGACAUUGCAAAGUGCAUACUUGCAAAAUCUAAAUGACAGUUGUCCUGUAGUCUUGCACUGCUGCUGAAACUCUUUUAUAUAAUGCAUACUUAUAUUGGUUAAAAAAAUUUUUAAUUUGUUAUAAAAUUCUGUCUACUUA